AUGUGCAAAGAUCUUAUAAGAAAAAAGAUAGAUUUCCUGGUGGAUUUCCUGCUGACCAAGUACAAAAAGAAAGAGCUGAUUACAAAGGAAGAAAUGAUGAAUGUUGUCAUGGAAGAGUAUGCAGAAUACUUUCCUGAGAUCCUCAUGAGAGCCACUGAAUGCUUGGAGAUUAUCUUUGGUCUGGAUCUGAAGGAGGUGGAUCCCGGCAGCAACAUUUAUGCCCUUCACAUCAAAUUAGGCCUCACCUAUGAUGGGCUGCUGAGUGAAGUAGAGGGCAUGCCAAAGUCUGGCCUCCUCAUACUUAUCUUGGGUGUGAUCUUCAUGAAGGGCAACAGGGCCACUGAAGAGGAAGUCUGGAAAGUCCUGAGUGGUACAGGUAUAUAUCCUGAGCAGAAGCACUUCAUCUUUGGAAAUCCCAAGAAUUUCAUCACCAAAGACUUGGUGCAAGAAAAAUACCUUCAAUAUCAACAGGUGCCCAAUAGUGAUCCCCCACAGUAUGAAUUUCUGUGGGGCCCACGGGCCCAUGUUGAAACAACUAAGAUGAAAAUCCUGCAGUUUGUGGCCAAGAGCCAGCGCACUGACCCAAGGUCUUUUCCAUCCUGGUAUGAAGAGGCCUUGAAAGAUGAAGAAGAAAGAGCCCAAGCCAGAGCUGCAGCCCUCCCUGGAGAUACCCCCAAGAGCCGGGUGAAAUCGAGAGUGCUGACCAAAAGCUCCUCUUACCCCUAG